AUGGAAACACUUGAAGAACUUUACGAAAUAUUUUACUCAAUACCUGACCCCGGAGCAUCCGACGAGCAUCUAAUCGAAGCAAUAGACAAUUGGCUUCUCAAGAAAAACUUAACCCGCGAACAAAUAUUCAAUUUACUACUUGACCACAAACAAAAAAACUACACCGGUACCAACAAAAAUAAUUAUGAAUACACAUCCAUCCUCGGAAUGUUUCGCUACGCUCGCAUCGGCACACUAUUUAACUAUAAAUCUGAAAAUGACACCAAAAAUAGUUACGAAAAAUACGCAUGCAUCCUCGGACUGUUAUACCACUACGGUAUAGGUACACGGAUUAACUAUAGACUCGCAUUCGAAGAUUAUAAAAUAUCUGCAGAAUCCGGUGAUGCAUUUGGACAAAACCAACUCGGAUAUUGUUACCACUUUGGGAUAGGCACAACUAGAGACUUUAAGGCCGGCUUUGAAUGGAUUCAAAGAUCGGCGAUGAACGGUCAUAUAUGCGGUCAGCGAACACUAGGUUAUCACUAUCAUUCUGCACUGGGUUGUCCCCGCAAUUAUCGACUAGCUUUUUAUUGGUACAUGAAAGCGCACGAGGGUGGAAACCCGAGAGCUGCAUAUUCAAUUGCUACUUGCUAUUUUGAAGGAAAUGGAACUUUUUUGGAUUAUCAUCGUGGAUUCCGUUGGGCUAUGAAAAGUGGAAGAAAUGACAGUUUCUGCCAGAAUUAA